UAAAGGACAGGUGGAGAAUAAAACAGAAAGUCCAGACAUGCAGAACGGUGGUCGUAGGCAUGUAAUAAUAAUGGCCACCACACGAACAGGCUCCUCAUUUGUGGGGGAGUUCUUCAACCAGGAGAAGGAGAACAUGUUUUAUCUGUUUGAGCCUCUGUGGCAUGUCAUUAACAGGUAUUCCUUACUGUCAGAUCAAAUUAACUGGUUCAUGAGGAAAUCCUUCCAGGACGUACUUCAAGGACUCUUCCACUGUGAUUUCUCUCCUAUGGAGAAGUUCAUUAAGCCCACACCUGUGGACCACAUCACCCAAGUUCUUUUUCGCAGAGUGUCAAGUUACUCACUGUGUUCAGAUCCUGUUUGCACUCCUCAAGUUAAACGUGAUUUCCAAAGUUUCCCCUGCAAGAUGAGGCACUGUGGGCCACUGAACCUGACCCUGGCAUCUGAAUCGUGCCGAUCUAAGAAGAACGUGGUGAUUAAGACUGUCCGUGUGGAGCAGCUGGACACAUUGAGGCCCUUGGUGGAGGAUCCUCAUCUGGACCUAAAAAUUAUCCAGCUGGUGAGAGAUCCCCGGUCACUGUUAAUCUCCAACAUGGUGACCUUUUUCUCAGGUUACAAGGCGUUGAAGGCAUUGGCGGAGUAUGGAGAGGAGAGUGAAAAUAAAACUGAGGUGAAGAUACUCAAAGGAAACUGUGACAAAAUUAGAGCGUCUGCAGAAAUGGCCCUGAGUCGACCUCCCUGGCUGAAGAACAACUACAUGUUGGUACGUUAUGAGGACGUUGCACGUGAUCCUGUGAAGAAGGCAGAAGAAAUGUUGACGUUCGCUGGAAUACCAUUCAGUCCACAAGUGCGGGAGUGGAUUCUGGCUAACACACAGUCCACAGAUCAACACAGCGGCGCUUACUCCACCAAGAGAAACGCAUCAGAGCAGAUAGAUAAAUGGAGAGUGAACAUUCCCUUACCUGUGGUUCAGUUGGUGCAGAAAGUGUGUGGACCGACCAUGGAACUGUUCGGGUACAAGUUUGUAGAUGAUGAAAAGACACUGCUCAACACUUCCAUUAGCCUGCUGGAAGAAAAACAAUUUGAUUUGUUUAAUGCUAAGCAUAAUUAGUGUGGUGUAUUUGAAGAACUGUGAGUGAUCAAACCUGGGUGGAAAUGUUUUUAAACCGACCAAGUUUCUCAGUAUAUGUGG